ACGCCUUCAAACAUGGCUGACAAAGAAAACACGGCAAUGGAAGUCGACAAGGGGGAGAAUAAACCUUCAGUUCAACAAGUUCCGCCACAGUUUAAAAACUCCCCCCAAAUAGCAUGCAGCCGGGAGCAGAGCUCGGGCCGGAGCGGCAGCAGGGCGGAGUACUGCGAGCAGCUGCAGGCGUGGAUGUGGCAGUACUACGCUGCCUCGGCCAGCUGGCAGAGCUGGCUGGCCGCCGCAGCCGUGUCCUACCCUUGUUACUUACAGCCGUCCAGCCUCUCCUUCACGGCGGUGGACCUGCACUCACACAGCUGGUAUAAUAACGGUGCCCUCGGUCUUCCGUUGUCGCCGUAUCCGCCCUCCGCAGUCUCUUCCUCGGGCAGCCGUGCGGGAGCAGCCGCCGGCGGGGCAGCAGCUCCGCCGCCGCGGGAGGAGGGACACGCUCACAGACACGGUCGGGAGUACAAUAUUCCUUCGCCUUUCCAAAGACUAAUGGCUGAGAUGGUGGAUUUCUUCAUAUUGUUUUUCAUCAAAGCGACAAUAAUCAUCAGUAUCAUUCAUCUAAGUGGAAUCAAAGAUGUUUCCAAGUUUGCCAUGCAUUUCAUAGUGGAGGAAAUUGAUGAAGACACGUCGAUGGAGGAGCUGCAGAAAAUGAUGCUUGUUGCCCUUGUGUACCGGAUAUUAGUGUGUUUUUAUGAGAUCAUAUGCAUUUGGGGAGCAGGAGGAGCCACUCCAGGGAAGUUUCUCAUCGGACUCAGAGUUGUGACAUGUGACUCGUCAGUUCUGGUUCACCCCAACAGAGUUCUUGUAAUGCCAGCAACUAACGUCUCUCUGUCUGCGUCAACUGUCCGAGCCUUGAACAAGAACUUCUCCAUUGCUUUCUUUUUCCCUGCCUUCAUAACUCUUCUGUUCUUCCAGCACAACAGGACUGUGUAUGACAUGGUUGCCGGUACCAUUGUUGUUAAGCGAUCGAGGGCUAGAUGAUGCUGAAGUGGACAGAAGAGAUUUGUGCUAUUGCUAAACUGGCAUAGAGUUGUUUUUAUAAAAAAAAAAAAAAAACUGCGUGCAGAACUUUCUCCGGUAGGAGAAUGAAGGUGAUUGCUGAGACUUUGAAGCAUUUUAAGAGGAACUCUUUCAGUUCAGUUCCUGACACACACUGUAUGUCUGCAUGUAUGUCUGCCUACAUGCUGCUUUCAAGUCCGUUUCUGUGCCAAAUGUCUGGAUACAUCACGGAAAGAGUGAAGGUUAAUGUAUUUUUUUUUUUUUUGUUAACACAACUUUUGCCUCGUUUUUAAUUCUCAUCACAAAUAAGAGUGAAUGUCAUCUAUCACUUGGUAUUUCAACUGUUGGUUAUGUAUUUGUGGGAUUUUGUUCUCAGUAUCAUCUUUGUUGUACACAUCUGUUUCCAAAAAUAUUGGGACGCUGUGAGAAUUGUAAACAAAAACAGAAUGCAAUGAUUUGAAUCAUUUUUGUAACUUAAUAUUUAAUUGUGAAGAGUAGAUGGGCGACGUCGAGGUGUGAGUGCAUGGUUGGUCGUGUCGUUUAUCUGUGACGGUUUGUUGACUUGUCCAGGUUGUACCCCGAGUCCCUGACAAAUCUGUUCUCUGAUGUAAGAGAGGCCUGUCGCAAAAAAGAAAAGGAGAAAAAAAGUAAUCUGCAUGGCACCGUACGUCCUUCCCAACCUGCAUCAGUAUCUUUCAGCAUUUGGGGUACCUCAGCAUUUGCACAAAUUACACAUGCCACGUGCACCAACGCGUUCUCCUUCCCCUUGUCAAUCCUCUGAACUUGUACAGCAGGUCACAUGAUACCUGACGUCCUCCAGUCUUCCAGUCAGCGUGUGUUAAAUUAGCUGGCUUAUAUUUUUCUAACUUUAAAUAGGAACUUCAUGUGGGGUUCUGAUGCCAUGCAGUGAUUUCCACAAGAGAACCACAUCUUUUAUUUUUGUUUUUAUUUAUCUAUUUAUCUUUUUUUUUUUUUAAAUGCCUGAGCAGCUGAAGAUUAUGCUCUCUCAGUAUUUGCUUUUGCCUUUGUAUUUUUUAAUCUCUUACUGAGAUCCCUGUGGACCCCCCCAAAAUCACUCUUGCACAUCUUUAUUUCUGACAAACUCAGGCUCUCAGGGAUUUUCUUUUCAUACACAAACAUCUAACUAACUUACUACCCUAUUACAGAUGUCCCCACCCUCCCACUUCCUUCUUACUUUUCACAUCCUCUACAGUUUUGAUUUUCCCAUCAUGGCCUCUAUGUAUUGCUGCCAUCAAUUUGAGCAUUAACGUGUAUCUUUUGGGGGUGGCCGUUAUUUGUUCCAAUAGUUGUUUUCUCGCGCCGGUUGCUUUUGAAACGAUGACCUUCAUCACCGGGAGUGACGCGUCUUAUUCGGUGACUGAAAGGCUCUGCUUUAAUGGCACAUUUGAAUAUAAAACUGUACCACAGUUGUAUUUUCUUUGCUCAAGUGGGACGUAUGCAACUGAUCAGUUAACAAGCAUUAUAUGUUACUAAUGUUUUCUUGCACUUAAGGAAAUUAAAGGAAAACUGCCACAA